AUGCAAAAACGCCUACCAGCAGAAGCCCAACUGGACUUCAAACAGGCACGACAACUGACUUUAUCAUUGAAAGAUGCAACAAGUGGACCAUGUGAGUUGAAGGGUAUUCUGAUGGAAGUAGACACCCUCGCCAGUUCGACUGAGCUUGGGUUCCUAAGCACUGGAGCACUAUUGGAACUUUGUGUGGUACUGGAACAGCACCUAAAUGAUGAAGAUGUCUGUACAAACGUAGCCAGAAUAUUCAGCCUACUGUUGUCUGUUAACUCACAAUAUGUUGAUUCGAACCCUAAACUAAACUGUCUGUUCAUUGUGUCUAUAUCAGGAGCUGAACUGGAGGCUACAAAUGCAGGUCAAGAUUUAGUGGUCCGUGUGGUUUUUAUUUUGGGAAACAUGACUGCAAAGAACAAUAAAGCAAGAGAAGAACUUUACAAACAGAAGUACAGUGUCGAGACUUUACUGACUCUAUUUCAAACAUACCAUAAACUAGAUGUUAAAGUAAAAAUCACCCCAACAAAGACACAGAACAAGAGUGAAAUAGAUGGAACCAAGAACCAGAAACUCUCUGAGGUGGAAGAUAUCCUAGUAAAGCUGAUAAGAGUGAUUGCUAAUUUAUCCAUAAACACGGAAGUUGGCUCUGCAUUCUCUGGAAACCAGAAUUGUGUGGAUCUGCUUAUUAAAGUACUAGAAUGCAAAACAAUUGAGAAGUGUGAAGAGCUGAUGAUGAAUGCUGCAACAACCAUCAACAACCUGUCCUACUAUCAAGUGAAGAACUCAGCUGUCAGGGCCAGGCAGCUGCACAUAGCUGAAUUGUUGAUGAAGCUUUUAUUGUGUAACAAUAUGGAUGCAAUAUUGGAAGCUGCCCGGGUCUUUGGAAAUCUCUCUCGGUCUAAGGAGGUCCGUGACUUCAUUGUACAGAACAAUGGUAAUGUGAGAAUAUAA